AUGUUUUACUCAACUUAAACUACAAAACCCAACUACAAAUAUUACUUAUAAGUAAAAGUCCUGCAUUCGGAGCCUUGCUCAUCUGGCAGCACAGAAGACUAAACGAGUCUUUAUUGUAAGAGACGGAGGAGGAGAGCAAAACCGGCCGUCCCACCUGAGAGGUUGGUCCAGUUCUCAAUCAGAAGACUCAGUCCAGGGGAGCUGAGUGGCAAAAGAGAUUUCACCUGCCCCUGUGUUCAAUCUUAAAUAUGGAAGAUUUCGGGCUGAAGGUUUUAAAAAGAAAGGGAAUUAAAGGCGAGCAUGAAGCAGACCUUGUGCCGUGUCACAGAGUCACUCUCAUUACGUUCUGUACAAAGUGUCUGAAGAGCAUCAAGGACUGGCUCCCUGUGGACCACAAGAAUGAAACGACUGAGCUUUUCAAACUAGCAGGACCCGUGUUCAUUUCACAGUUGAUGAUCUUCCUCAUAAAUUUCGUCAGCACGGUGUUCUGUGGUCACCUGGGAGAAACUGAGCUCGCGGGUGUGGCGUUAGCAAUAUCGAUCAUCAAUGUGACUGGCAUCUCAGUGGGCGCUGGUUUGGCAUCGGCCUGUGAUACACUCAUAUCUCAGACUUACGGGAGCGGAAACCUAAAUCGUGUGGGAGUCAUUCUCCAGAGGGGUGUUUUGAUUCUGCUCCUGGCCUGCCUCCCCUGCUGGGCUGUCCUCAUCAACACAGAGCCCAUCCUACUCGCCGUCAGACAGAAUCCAGAGGUGUCACGAGUCUCCCAGCUGUAUGUGAAUAUCUUCAUGCCUGCUCUGCCAGCUGCUUUCAUGUUCCAGCUGCAGGGACGCUACCUACAGAACCAGGGUAUUAUCUGGCCUCAGGUGAUCGCUGGAUUCUUUGGAAAUGUUCUUAAUGCAGUCAGCAACUGCGUCCUCCUCUACGUGCUGGAUAUGGGUGUUGUUGGAUCUGCAGCUGCGAAUGCUGUCUCACAGUUAUCGCUGGCACUGCUCUUGUACUUCUUCAUUCGUUCGAUGGGGUUACACAAGGAGACGUGGUCUGGUUGGUCUCUGGACUGCCUGCAGGAAUGGGGCCUGUUCAUCCAGGUGGCCGUCCCCAGCAUGCUGAUGAUCUGUUUGGAGUGGUGGACGUUUGAGAUCGGGGGAUUCUUGGCCGGUGUGAUCAGUGAUGUUGAGCUGGCAGCUCAGUCAGUUGUUCAUCAGGUGGUCACCAUUGCGUUCAUGUUCCCAAUGGGAUUCGGUCUCGCUGCCUGUGUCCGGGUUGGGAAUGCCCUUGGUGCUGGGAACACUGAACAGGCCACUGCAGCCAGCAAGGUCGCCAUCAUCUGUGCAUUUGCAGUCUCGUGCUUUGUUGGAAUUAUACUCGGAUCAUCAAAGGAUGUGAUUGGUUACAUCUUCACGACAGAGACAGACGUUGUUCAGCGGGUUGCUGACGCCGUGAUCAUAAUUGGAUUCUUCCACCCUGCAGAUGCCAUGGCGGCUGUGACAGGCAGCAUUUUACGAGGAGUUGGGAAGCAGAGGAUCGGGGCCGUCUGUAACUUGGUGGGAUAUUACUGCAUCGGCAUUCCCAUCGGACUGUCCCUGAUGUUUGCUGCCAAAAUGGGCAUCGUAGGGCUGUGGCUGGGCCUUCUCAUUUGUGUCACUUUACAGUCCACAUUCUUCAUCAUCGUCUUGUGGAAGCUGAAUUGGAGAAAGGCAGCUGAAGAGGCCAUGGUGAGAGCAGGAGUCAAGGUCACAGAGAAGAAAGAAGCGCCGUCACUGCACAAGAAGGGUCAGAGUGAGACCCAGGUCCACAUCAUUUCAUCCAACAUCCUGAGCAGUGAGGGGUGGGACUCAGACCUGCAGAUGAUCCGAUCAGGCCGUGACGAGACAGCUGAAGCUGCAGGUCCACGGCCUCUGUCGGUCAGGCAGCUGCUGCUACGUCGAGGCCUGACUGCGCUGCUCAUGGUGCUCAUCCUGGCAGCUGGGAUACUCAGCAGCAAAAUGCUUCUCAGACUGCUCAAAUGAUCCAUAAAUAUCACACUGACUGCUGCCUGGUGUCUCAUCUUGAGACAGAGCAGAGGAAUAUGUUGAAAACAGACAGAAUCAAACGCUAAUUUAGGAUGUUUUAUAUUAUUAUUUUUCCUUUUCAUGUUCCUCAAAGUGAAAAAGUUUAAA